AUGACUAUUCGUUCACCGGAACCAGAAGUCAAGAUUAUGGUAGAAAAAGAUCCCGUAAAAACUUCUUUUGAAAAAUGGGCUAAACCAGGACAUUUUUCAAGAACUUUAGCUAAGGGUCCUAAUACUACAACUUGGAUUUGGAACUUACAUGCUGAUGCUCAUGAUUUUGACAGUCAUACAAAUGAUUUGGAAGAAAUUUCUCGUAAAGUCUUUAGUGCUCAUUUUGGUCAAUUAGCUGUUAUUUUUAUUUGGCUAAGUGGUAUGUAUUUUCAUGGAGCUCGCUUUUCAAAUUAUGAAGCGUGGCUGAGUGAUCCUACUCAUAUUAAGCCUAGUGCUCAAGUUGUUUGGCCAAUAGUAGGUCAAAAAAUUUUGAAUGGAGAUGUAGGUGGAGGUUUUCAAGGAAUACAAAUCACCUCCGGCUUUUUUCAACUUUGGCGAGCAUCUGGAAUAACUAGCGAAUUACAGCUUUAUACUACUGCAAUAGGUGGGUUAAUUUUUGCAGCUUUAAUGCUUUUUGCUGGAUGGUUUCAUUACCAUAAGGCAGCCCCUAAAUUAGCUUGGUUUCAAAAUGUGGAAUCUAUGCUAAACCAUCACUUAGCUGGGCUAUUAGGUUUAGGAUCUUUAGCUUGGGCAGGACACCAAGUGCAUGUCUCUUUACCUAUUAAUCGACUUUUAGAUGCCGGGGUGGAUCCUAAAGAAAUACCACUUCCUCAUGAAUUUAUUCUAAAUCGUGAUCUUUUAGCUCAGCUUUAUCCAAGUUUUUCUAAAGGAUUAACUCCAUUUUUUACUUUAAAUUGGUCAGAAUAUUCAGACUUUUUAACUUUUCGUGGAGGAUUAAAUCCAGUUACCGGAGGUUUAUGGCUAACUGAUACAGCACAUCAUCAUUUAGCUAUUGCAGUUCUUUUUCUGGUUGCUGGACAUAUGUAUAGAACUAAUUUUGGCAUUGGCCAUAGCAUGAAAGAAAUUCUAGAAGCUCAUAAAGGUCCUUUUACAGGCGAAGGUCAUAAAGGAUUAUAUGAGAUUUUAACUACUUCAUGGCAUGCUCAAUUAGCUAUUAAUUUAGCUAUGCUAGGUUCUUUAACUAUUAUCGUAGCUCAUCAUAUGUAUGCUAUGCCUCCUUAUCCAUACUUAGCUACUGACUAUGCUACUCAACUUUCUUUAUUCACACAUCAUAUGUGGAUUGGUGGUUUUCUUGUAGUUGGAGCUGCUGCACAUGCAGCUAUUUUUAUGGUAAGAGAUUAUGAUCCAACAACUCAAUACAAUAACUUAUUAGAUCGUGUUUUACGACAUCGUGAUGCAAUAAUAUCACACCUUAAUUGGGUUUGUAUUUUCUUAGGUUUUCAUAGUUUUGGAUUAUAUAUUCAUAAUGACACAAUGAGCGCUUUAGGCCGUCCUCAAGAUAUGUUUUCAGAUACAGCUAUACAAUUACAACCUGUAUUUGCUCAAUGGAUCCAAAAUACUCAUGCUUUAGCACCUAGUUUAACAGCUCCUAAUGCAACAGCGAGUACUAGUUUAACUUGGGGUGGUGGUGACUUAGUUGCAGUAGGUGGUAAAGUAGCUUUAUUACCAAUUCCAUUAGGAACUGCAGACUUUUUAGUACAUCAUAUUCAUGCUUUUACUAUUCAUGUAACAGUAUUAAUUUUAUUAAAAGGUGUUUUAUUUGCACGUAGUUCUCGUUUAAUUCCUGAUAAAGCUAAUCUUGGUUUUAGAUUUCCGUGUGAUGGACCUGGAAGAGGCGGAACAUGCCAAGUAUCUGCUUGGGACCAUGUUUUCUUAGGUUUAUUCUGGAUGUACAAUGCCAUUUCAGUAGUUAUUUUCCAUUUUAGUUGGAAAAUGCAAUCUGAUGUAUGGGGUUCUAUCAGCGAUCAAGGCGUUGUUACUCAUAUUACAGGAGGAAACUUCGCACAAAGUUCAAUUACAAUUAAUGGAUGGCUUCGUGAUUUCUUAUGGGCACAAGCGUCUCAAGUAAUUCAAUCUUAUGGUUCGUCAUUAUCUGCCUAUGGUCUUCUAUUUUUAGGCGCACACUUCGUUUGGGCAUUUAGUUUAAUGUUCUUAUUUAGUGGUCGAGGAUAUUGGCAAGAACUUAUUGAGUCUAUUGUUUGGGCUCACAACAAAUUAAAAGUUGCCCCUGCUAUUCAGCCUAGAGCCUUAAGUAUUGUACAAGGUCGUGCUGUAGGAGUAGCUCAUUACCUUCUGGGCGGGAUUGCCACAACAUGGGCAUUCUUCCUAGCGAGAAUUAUUUCAGUAGGAUAA